AUGGCAGACGUGAGAAAGCACGAGAGGUCAUUCCUCCGCUACAACUGGGACCAGCGAGGGGUGCCCACGCAAGACGGCUGCAACUUGUCUUUGGCUUUUUCUGGCGGUGGCGUGAGGGCCGCCUUUUUUGCCACUGGCGUGCUGUGGAGACUCGCCGAAUGUGGACGUCUGAAG